GCCUCCUUCGCCGGACGGGCUCCAGCGCUUCGGGGCAGGGAGGGAGCCAAGCAGGCAGGCAGGCAAGGAGGCACGCAGGGGCCGGCAGCCGGCGCGGCUCGGGGGCUCAUGGAGCGCUGGAAGAACCGGGUGGCGUUGGUCACGGGCGCCUCGGUGGGCAUCGGAGCGGCCGUGGCUCGGGCGUUGGUGCAGCACGGGCUGAAAGUGGUGGGCUGCGCCCGGAGCGUGGACAAGAUCGAGAAGUUGGCAGCCGAGUGCGAGAGUGCAGGGUAUCCGGGCGUCCUCAUCCCGUAUAAGUGUGACCUCUCGGUGGAAGAGGAGAUUCUGUCCAUGUUCUCCGCCAUCAAGACUCUCCAUCAAGGCGUUGACGUCUGCAUCAACAACGCUGGCCUGGCGCGGCCAGAACCUCUGCUCUCUGGCAAGACCGAGGGCUGGAGAACCAUGAUAGAUUGUAUUUCUCCAGGUCUGGUUGAGACCGGAUUCGCUUUUAAACUGCACGCUAAUAAUCCGGAACAAGCUGCGGCCACAUAUGAGAGUAUUAGGUGUCUAAAAGCUGAAGAUAUGGCCAACGCUGUCAUAUAUGUUCUCAGCGCCCCACCUCAUGUACAGAUCGGCGAUAUUCAGAUGAGACCCACCGAACAAAUGUCCUAGCCGAGGAGGAAGAGGAUGGGACGGCCUUUUUCCAAACAGGGUUUUCUUCAGAUGACUUUCUAAGGGCUUCAAUGAGGGCGGCCUGACGCGCAGCUCUCCUCAGCUGAGCUGACCUCAGUGGAAACGGACAGGAAAAUCUUCUCACCAUAAUCCCUCCACGUAUCUCUUGGUUCUUUCCACCAUGAUUAAUUUGUAAACAACCGUUCCCAGCAUACUACAUCACCUGGAUUCUGAUUUCGCGGGGAACGGAACCGUCAGCGGAUCCGGACGGCAAACGUUUCACAAGCCGAUUCCUUCAGCUUUCCUUUGUGACUUGCAACCCAUGUACGGUUUUCUGGAAA